GUGCCGCCCACCAGUGCCCAGCAGUGCCACCCACCAGUGCCCAGCAGUGCCACCCACCAGUGCCCAGCAGUGCCGGCAGUCAGUGUCGCCUAUCAGUGCCCCUCAUUGUUGCAUAUCAGUGCAGCAUCAUCAUUGCCAGCUUAUCAGUGCUGUCUAUCAGUGCCCAUCAGUACCACCUAUCACUGCCUUUCAGUGCCACCUAUUAAUGCCAGUCAGUGCCACCUAUCAUUGCUGCCAAUCAGUGCCACCAAUCAGUGCCAGUCAGUGCCACCAAUCAGUGCCAGUCAGUGCCACCAAUCAGUGCCAUAUAUGAAUGCUGCCUUUCAGUGCCCAUCAGUGAUGCCUGUCAAUGCCCAUCAGUGCCACCUACCAGUGCCUCCUCAUCAGUGCCACCUAUCA